GUGUGUGCGCGUUAAUUUUCACCCGCCCGGCCCCGGGGGUGCCCCGGGCGCUGCCGCCGCCCGCGCUGCCCGGCGGCGGGUGGGUGCGGUUGCGGGAAGCGAUCAGGCAGCGCGUUGAACCCCUAUGUGUCGGUGCCUGCGGGGUCCUGCCUCCGGAGCCCGUGCGGGGAUGUCUGGGAGACCCCGCGCCGACUGCUGCUCAAACAUCACGUUGACAUGGAUGAUGAAGACGGCCGGUGCCUGCUCGACGUGAUCUGCGACCCCCAGGCCCUGAACGACUUUUUACAUGGAUCCGAAAAGAUUGACGGUGAUGAUCUCCUGGACAGCACAGGAGAUGCAGCCAGCGCCUUCUUUGAAGGUGCUGGGCUGCACGUCCAGGAGCCCCCCGGCAACCACCUGAGCAGCGAGCAGAGCCAGCCCAGCGCCAGCGUGGACCUGGAUUUCCUGGAGGAUGACAUCCUGGGGUCCCCCGGCGGCGCGGGCGGCGCCGAGCAGCCCUGCGACAUCCUGCAGCAGAGCCUGCAAGAGGCCAACAUCACGGAGCAGACGCUGGAGGCCGAGGCCGAGCUGGACCUGGGCUCCUUCCAGCUGCCGGCGCUGCAGCCCGUGGUGCCGGCGCCCGCCGACGGCGCCGCUCAGAUCUUCCCCGGCGGCGCCGCCGACCUGCUGGGCUUGCAGCCGCCGGCCGUGCUGACGCACCAGGCGCUGGUGCAGCCCUCGGUGGGCGCCGACGUGGUGAACAAAGCCAUCAGCGUGCAGCCCUUCCUGCAGCAGGUGGGACUGGGCAACGUCACCAUCCAGCCCAUCUCCAACCUGCCCGGCUUGCCCAACGGCAGCCCCGGCGGCGCGCUCGGCAUCGGCCCCAUCCAGGUGGUCGGCCAGCAGGUCAUGGCCAUCAACCCGCCGGCGCAGCAGCUCAUCGCCAAGCCGGUGCAGCCGUCGCCGGUGGCCACGGUGCCCGUGGGCGGCUACAUCGCGCAGCCCGAGCAGCAGCAGGUGACGCUGGCGGCGUCGGCCGGCGUCUCGCCGCAGGGCGCCGGGCUCGUCAUCCAGAAGAACCUGCCGGCCGUGGCCACCACCACGCUGAACGGGAGCUCGGUGUUCGGCGCGCAGGGCUCGCAGCCGCUCACCGUCACCUCCAACCUCAGCAGCCCGCUGGUGCAGGCGCAGAACGUCAUCAUCCACCGCACGCCCACCCCCAUCCAGCCCAAACCCGCCGGCGUGCUGCAGCAGAAGCUCUACCAGAUCACCCCCAAGCCCUUCGCCCCCAACAACGCCACGCUCACCAUCCAGAACGAGCCGGCGCUGCAGCCGCAGAAGGCGCAGCAGCAGAACUUGACCUUCAUGGCCGGCAAAGCCGGGCAGAACGUGGUGCUGUCCGGCUUCCCCCAAGGGCUCCCGGCCAACGUCUUCAAGCAGCCGCCGCCGCAGCAGCAGGCGCUCAGCAAGCCCAUGAGCGUCCACCUGCUCAACCAGGGCAGCAGCAUCGUCAUCCCGGCGCAGCACGUGCCGCAGGCCGUGCUGCAGGGCCAGAACCAGUUCCUGCUGCCGGGGCAGCUGGCGGGCGCCUCGGCCGUGCCGCUGACGCAGCAGCUCUCGGCCCUGCCGGCCAACAUGGGCGGCCAGAUCCUGGCCACGUCGCACGCCGGCGGCCAGGCGCACAUCAUCGCCAGCCAGGGCCCCGGCGGGCAGCUCAUCGCCAACCAGGCGCUGCCGGCGCAGAUCCUCACCAACCAGAACCUGGCGGGGCCGCUCAACCUGGGCCCGGUGCUCACCUCGCCCAACGCGCCCGGCACGGCGCACAUCCUGUCGGCGCCCAUCCAGGUGGGGCAGCCGGCGCUGUUCCAGAUGCCGGUGUCGCUGGCGGGCGGGCUGAGCACGCAGAGCCAGCCCGCGGCCACCUCGCUGGGCCAGACGGUGAUCCAGGGGGUGACGCUGCCCAGCCAGGUCGCCAUGCUCAACGCCGAGGGGCUGGCGCCGGCCGUCAGCAUCCAAGCGCCCGCCGCCAGCAGCCAGAGCCCCGGGCUGGCGCAACCGCAGCCGCCGGCGCCCGCCAACCUGCUCCCCGGCGCCGAGCAGCCCAUCCUGGCCGUGCAGAGCGCGGCGCAGCCGCCCGCGCCGCUGCAGCUCAACGUCCCGCCGCCCACACAGCCGCCGGGGACGCCGCAGCCCAGCCCCGGCCUGGCCUCCAGCCCCGAGAAGAUCAUCGCCGGCGCCGUCAUCAACCAGGACUCCAUGCAGAUGUUCCUGCAGCAGUGUCCCGCGGGGCAGCAGAAGCUGGGGGACACCCCACAGCUCCCGGCCGCCCCCUUGCCCCAAAUCCCCUCCCCGCGCCCCCCCUCGCAGCCCCAGCCCCUCUCCCGCCCCCCCUCGCAACCGCAGAGCCUCUCCCGCCCCCCCUCCGAACCGCUGGCCCGCUCCUGCACCCCCCAGGCCCCCCCCGGCCUCUACGUCAUCCAGGGCCAAGUGGCCUCGUCCCCGCACCCCCUGCGCCCCCCGUCCCAACCGCAACCCUUCCAGCCCCCCCCCGCGCAGGCCGAGCCCCCCCCGGACCCCCCGCACGCCCCCGCCCCCCAUUUCCAGCUGCAGUUCCCCCCCCAGACCCAACUCAAAGCCCAAACCCCCACCCACGGGCUGCACAUCCCCGGGGAGCCCCCCCGCAGUUACCCCAACCAGUUCCAGCCCCCCCCGGCCGGCCCCGGGGCCCCCGCGCAGCAGAAGCAGGUCCUGGAAAGGUUCCAGCAGGUGCCCCAGGGGAUCAUCCUGCAGCCCAAGCAGCCGGCGCCCAGCAGCCAGGCCCCCCCGGCGCUCGCCCCCCCGGCGCUCGCCCCGUUCGCCAGCCCUUCGUCCUCCUCAGCAUCGUCAUCCUCCGUCCUGGGCGCGCAGGGACCGGGACCGGGACCGGGACAGGGACCGGGACAGGGACAGGGACAGGGACAGGCCCCGCCGGGCACGGGGGCGAGCGCGGCCCCCCCCGCCGCAGGAAUUCCCGCCCCGCUUCCUGCGGAAAACAAACCCUUUUCUGGCGUUUCCGGCCCCGUUUCUGCGGCAAAAGGGGCCGCGGCACCGGGGAAGCCGGGGACGCCGCUCGCCAUCCAGCAAACGGUGCCGGCCAAGCCCGGGGUGAUCAGCUCGGUCCUGGCCAAGGGCCCCGUGCAGAUCCAGGUGGUGGGGAAGCUCGUGCCCCCGCUGCCCAACCAGCCGUUCGACAGCAAACUGAAGAAAACCCCGACGCUGCAGCCCAGCAAGGAAGCCUGUUUUCUGGAGCAGCUGCACAAGCACCAGGGCUCGGUGCUGCACCCCGACUACAAGACGUCGUUCCGCUCCCUGGAGGACGCGCUGCAGCGGCUCCUUCCCUACCACGUGUACCAGGGCGUGCUGCCCUCGCCGCACGAUUACCGCAAAGUGGAUGAGGAGUUCGAGGUGGUGUCGGCGCAGCUGCUGCGGCGCACGCAGGCCAUGCUCAACAAGUACCGCCUGCUGCUGCUCGAGGAGUCGCGGCGGGUGAGCCCGUCGGCAGAGAUGGUGAUGAUCGACCGCAUGUUCAUCCAGGAGGAGAAAACCAUGCUGGCGCUGGACAAGCAGCUGGCCAAGGACAAGCCAGACGAAUACGUCUCGUCCUCCCGCACUCAGCCGCUCCCCCCGGCCCCGGAGCCCCCCAAGGCCCCCCCGGCGCCCCCGAACCCCCCGUUACACCCCACCAAGCUGGUGAUCAAGCACGGCGGGGGGGGCUCCCCGUCCGUCACCUGGGCCAAAGCGCCGGGGGGGCCGGAGGGCGACGAGGACGCGCUGCCCUCGCGCAGCAAACCCCCCAUCAAGACCUACGAGGCGCGGAGCCGCAUCGGGCUCAAGCUCAAGAUCAAGCAGGAGGCCGGGCUGAGCAAAGUGGUUCACAACACGGCGCUGGACCCCGUGCACCAGCCCCCCCGCGCCCCCCCGGACCCCCCCGCGCAGAUGAACGGCACCCUGGACCACCCCCCCGAAAAGAAACCCCCCGGCGCCGCCGCCUCCUGCCGCCUCCCGCUGCGCAAAACCUACCGCGAGAACGUCGACGCCUUCGCCCCCCACAAACCCGCCCCGAAGCCCCCCAGGCCCCCCCGCGGCGACGAGGGCCCCCCCGCCAAGAGCCCCCCGCGGCUCGCCCCGCUCGCCAAGGCCGACGCCGACGCCGAGUUCUACCGCGGGCCCAUCAAACCGGAGCCCCCCGACCCCAACCUGAGCGCGGAGCUGGGGUGGGGACACCCCCCCUUUGUUACCCCCCCCGGCCAAACGGCGGAAAUCCGAGUCGCUGGAGGUGGACAACGCCAGUUUCUCCAGCGACAGCCCCCCCGACGCCGCGCUCAGCGAGCACCUGCAGAGCGCCAUCGACAGCAUCCUCAACCUGCAGCACCCGCGCGGGCCUUCCUCCCGCUCCUCCUCCUCCUCCUCGCCCUUCGGAGCCUCCCCCGACGCGCUGCCCCCCCCAGCCACAACGGCGGGCUGGGCGCCAGGACGUUGCACAGAUAACACGCGCGGAAACGGGGCGGGAAAGCGCCCGGAACGCGGCGGGAAAACGCCCGGAACGCGGCGGGAAAACGGGGCGGAAGACGCUGAGAAACGGGGCGGAAAACGCUGAGAAACGGGGUGGGAAACGCCCAGAAACGGGGCGGAAAACG